AUGGCUAUGGAGCAUGAUCAACCUCAUGAAUGCAAAGACGAUGAGCAGUUCGCUUGGCCAUGGAAGGGUGUUCUUGUUAACGUGCCUACCGAAUGGAAGAACGGGCGCUGCGUCGGAGAACAAGGAAACCACUUGAGGGAUCAGCUCUCGCAAUUUUGCGCACGAAAGGUUAUUCCUUUGUGGGACAAACACAAUGGCCAUACUAGGAGUGCCAUUGUGGAGUUCACAAAAGACUGGAGUGGUUUCAAAAAUGCAAUGGACUUUGAAAAUCACUUUGAGGCACGAGGAUGCGGCAAAAGGCACUGGAAGGGGCAGCAGUACCAUGGGCCGGAGAUGUUUGCUUGGGUUGCAAGAGUGGAUGAUUACAGAUCGUACACGCCUAUUGCUUCCUGGUUGCGUAAGUACAGUGAUCUAAAAACCAUUGUUGAUCUUAAGAAUGAAGAAGCCCGUAAAACUGGCAGACUUGAAGAAAGUCUAGACAAACGGGUUGAGGCAAUGGAUAGGAAUGUGCAGGAGCUUGAGUACGAGUACAAUCAAACGACUCAAUUGCUUGGUAAGGCAGAGGAGGAUAUGAAGAAGCUCAUCCAGUCUCACACUGAAGAAAUUCACAAAAUACAGCUUGAUGAGCUAGCUGCUAUAGACGAGUCUAACAGAAUCACCCUCGAGCAAGAGAAGGAAGAGCGUGCUUUGAUGGAGAAAGUGAGGGCAAGUGAAACUUUGCUUAAGCUUGUUGAAGAACAGCAGAGGGAGACAAAACUUGCUCUAGAUAAGGAUCUUGAGAUACGGCAACUAAUUCUUGACAAGCAGGCUCUUGAAAUAGAACUGAAACAGCUACAGGGUGAAUUGGAAGUAACGGAGAUUAUGCCAGGUGAGGAAGUUUCGAAGAAGAAGAGAAUUGGUGAACUCCGCGAGAAGCUAGAAGAGAAGUAUGAGGAAAAAGAAUAUUGGGAAUCAGUCCAUCAGGGUCUGAUUGCCAAGCAAACAGCACAUACUAAUGAGUUGCGACCUGCUAGGAAGAAGCUAAUAGAUGGCUUCCAGGAUCUUACAAAUGGUCGAGGAAAUAUAGGCAUCAAAAGAAUUGGCAAACUUGAAGAAAAAGCAUUCUUAAAUGCUUGUAAGAAACAGUUACCAGAAGACGAUGCAGAAUUUACAGCUGCCAUUCUUUACUCCAAGUGGGAAACUCAGAUUGAAAAUUGGUCUGCCAUGUUUCAUGGGAAUAGCACGGAAAUUAUCUCCAAGGACAAUGAGAAGCUCCGGCAACUAAAGGAAGAGCACGGCCAAGAAAUGUACGCCUUGGUAACAAAGGCGCUGGAUGAAGUCUACAAUUACAAGCCUUGUGCGGAAGAACAAGGUCGAGAAAUCUAUGGUGUACCUGUGUUGUGGAACUACAAGGCAGAUCGGCGUGCGACGGUAAAAGAAGGCAUCCAGUACGCCCUGGAAAAGUGGGCAACAAAGAAAAGGAAGCGCUGA